CUGUCUACAGCAUGUCGAACCGGAGCCUCUGUUUGGCCACAGGGUGGUUCCGGGUCCGGUGAUGAUUCUGCCUAUUACGCACACAGUGAUCUCCAGUCCGCGAUCUCACACGAGCCUGAGGGAAGCGGCGCCAAUCUUUGGCCGACCCAGGGUCCUGAAAAUAACGGUGGGACUUCAGGUGUACCGUUGGACUGGUCUCAGCACGAGACUUCCUCAAUGCUUACCUCAUCCAAGCCAAUGCUCAUCUCCGCUGCGGAGCAUAAAACAGGCUAUAGUAUGUUCCGUUUUUGUGAUUUGUGUUUAUUCCCGAAAGAUAGAUCGGCUUUUUAUGAGUAUGCUGAAUAA